CCGGCGGCGGCGAGCGCCCCACCGCGCCGCGCUCCUGCGCGCCCCCUGCGCCGUGCCCCCGCGCGCCCCCCGCGCCUAGCUUGCGGGGGGCCGGGCCUGAGGGCGGCCGGCGCUGCGCGCACCCAUGGACGGUCCGGCCAUCAUCACCCAGGUGACCAACCCCAAGGAGGACGAGGCCCGAUCGCCCUGCGCGGGCGAAAAAGCUUCCCAGCGCAGCAUCAGCCUGAAGAAGCAGAGGGGUCGUAGCAUCCUCAGCUCCUUCUUCUGCUGCUUCCGAGACUACAAUGUGGAGGCCCCUCCACCCAGCAGCCCCAGUGUGCUUCCACCACUGGUGGAGGAGAAUGGUGGGCUUCAGAAGGGUGACCAGAGGCAGGUCAUUCCCGUACCAAGUCCACCAGCUAAAUACCUCCUUCCAGAGGUGACGGUGCUCGACUAUGGGAAGAAAUGUGUGGUCAUUGAUCUGGAUGAGACCCUGGUGCACAGUUCAUUUAAGCCCAUUAGUAAUGCUGAUUUCAUUGUUCCCGUUGAAAUCGAUGGAACUAUACACCAGGUGUAUGUGCUGAAGCGCCCACACGUGGACGAGUUCCUCCAGAGGAUGGGGCAGCUCUUCGAGUGUGUGCUCUUUACUGCCAGUUUGGCCAAGUAUGCAGACCCUGUGGCCGACCUCCUGGACCGCUGGGGCGUGUUCCGGGCGCGACUCUUCAGAGAAUCCUGUGUUUUCCAUCGUGGGAACUAUGUGAAGGACCUGAGUCGCCUGGGACGGGAGCUGAGCAAAGUGAUCAUCGUGGACAAUUCUCCCGCCUCCUACAUCUUCCAUCCGGAGAAUGCAGUGCCUGUGCAGUCCUGGUUCGAUGACAUGACGGACACGGAGCUGCUGGACCUCAUCCCGUUCUUCGAGGGCCUGAGCAGGGAGGACGAUGUGUAUGGCAUGCUGCACAGACUCUGCAGCAGGUAGCCCCCGCCUCGGGGCCUCGGGGCCACAGCCCGUCCCCACCUGUGCACUCUGGAGCCCCUGGCUCAGGGGACCCUCCCGGCCUCAGCUUUCUGAGUGGAGCAUGAGCCAACUCCAUGCUCCGGGUCACAGGGUGAAUGUCGCCAUUGCCUACCUGUUUCGUUUUGGGUUUGUUUUUUUUUUUCUUUUUUAAAGAACAGAAACAACUAUUUUAACGGAAAAAAAACUCUUUUAAUAGAUUUCAUAAAAGGACAUGCAUUUUACCAGAUUCGAUUUUCUUAGAACAUACCAAAAAGAAAAAAAAAAGGAAAAAAAAGAAACCUUGGUCUCUUUCAGACGCCCUUUCAACUGUCCUCCCUCCCAAGAGACAGCCCGUCCCCUUUGUCCGGGUUGGGGCAGCUGACCCAGCUCAGAACCUUUUUCCUACAGGGUGAAGUGCCUUUUUGAAUGUUAUUUUAAGCUGAGAGUUACUUUUGUAUACGACCUAUUUCCAGACAUCUUUUAGUCUUUUACUGUCUUCGAUACGCUAAGACGACAAACAGGAGAGUUUUCUAGAACCUGGGAGCCUGUGUGUGGUGGGGUGAGGGUAGGGCCAGGGAGAAAGCGGUCAUGGGAGCCUGCCUCCCAACAGGUGCGAAUGUCAGCCUGUGGCGUGUGACGCUCGUAGUCCCCACCCGUUUCUGGCCCGUCCAGAAUGUACCUGCCCACGGCCCCAUGCUUUAUGAAGCAACCAGUCCCUUUUAUCACGAUUUCCGAUGUUGAUAAAAUUUGUCUUGAGGUUGCAUUUUCCCCUUGAACGGUGACGUUAGGGUCACAUCUGCUUUCCCACAACGGUCACACGUCUGUCCCGUGUGGUUUCCCUGUUGUCAAUGGUUUGAGGAGAGUAGUCACAGAAAACCCUAAAACCCUUGGACUGCCAAGUCUUUCCUUCCGAAAGCUGGGUACACGUGGAGCUGUGUGGGACUUGCUGCUACCGCGCUGCCACCAAAUGGAACUGACCAGCGGCUGUUACACUGUUCUUUGCCACUGUGCCUAUGCUCAGAAUUCGCUCACCGCUACAUUGCAGGCUUGGACAGGGUCAGAAACAGGUGUCCCGCCCGCCCCCAUCAAGCACGGCACCAACCGUCUCCCUUCCUUGGCCCUGGCCACCAAGAAUGCCGAAGGGCACAAAGGGGUUUUUUAAAUAAACAACUUAAUAAAUAAUAAAGGGCCAGAGCAGCGCUCAGGUGUGGCGUCCACUCCCCACCGCAGCCAACAUCAGAGCCUGUGGAAGAGCUCCCCGUCUCGCCUGAGAACCUGUGGCCUCGACCAGCCGCCACCUCCAUGUGGCCCAAGUCCAUCUCAGCCUCUUUGGAAGCACAGCCUCUUCGAGCCAAGGGUUGGGGAAGCCUGUCUGAAUGGAGUCUCUUUCCAGCCAUUCCCUGUUGGGUGUUCAGCAGUGCUGUGUUAGCGUCUCUCCCCUGAGAAUGAAAAGAGCCCUUUUCGCGUUGGCACCGUUGCCUUAGUCCUCUGGGUUGGGCCUCAGCCAGAUUUCUGCUGGGAGUUGCUGGCACUAACAAGACUCAAAAUCAGGGGUCAAACUUAAAAAAAAAAUUUUUUUUUCCUUUCACAAAAUAAUGAAGCCAGCUACCUGGCCUACCUUCCCACAGUGCUUUGGUCUGGGAAACCACUGUGCAUUCAGAGCAGAAAUACAGAGGGAUCAUCAGAUCUCCUGACUUUCUGAGUGUUCUGAACCCAGCAAUCCCUGUGCCAAUUACAACAGAAACUGCCCCUUUACGAAGCAUCACCACAGAUAACAAGUUCCGUGGCCAAUCCACAUAUGCCAUAAGUCCUCACGGAAACCAGUCCUCCUUAGCCGAUCCCGCUGCCUUAAGUGUCUUGGGUGUUGCAGUGUCUGCCGCGUAUUGAUUUCCAUGCAGAACGAGGCCCGGAUGAGAACCUCAGAUCGUCCGUCACCUGCGCCUCUUGCUGUACCGGUGUCACGGGCCUCAGUUUGGAAAAGGGGGCAGAAUGGACUGAAAUUCCAGAACAUUUCAGGGGAAGUGAGCCUAGAAACAGUGCUCCACUUCAGACAGGUUCGAGUUCUGGAGCUGCGCGUGGCCCUGCCCUUGAGGUACCGGGUGGGGAGCCCUGUUCCUACCACCGCAAACAUGGGAUGUCUCGGGUGCGUGGCAGGGCCUCUGAGGCUUCUGAAAUCCGCACCUUAUUUGACCAAGCUCCAAAAUGCCAAUUUUUCUUUCUUUAAAAAAAAUCUGCUUUAUGUACAUAAUUGAAAAAAAUCUAUAUUUUUUAAUCAGUUACUUGUAAAUGAAGCAAUAGAAUUCUAACAAGGCCAAGAAAGGAGACGAAUGUGUGAGGUUUAUUUUCUUAAGGUAAAUACGGGUAUUGCUUUUGAUUGUUAGUUUAUUAAAAGUGUGGGCUUGAAAAUAUAUCAGCCACUUCUGUGUGCCAUAUCCUCCCCCACGUUACCAAAACACUCCACCUCCUUAGCCAAAAGAAACAGCUGACCUCCCAAGUUCCAUGAUCCUCUCAACUCCACGUUCGGACCACUCUCCUAGACAUGUGCUUUCCACGUGAAGGUCUGGGACAGGAGGCUUGGGAUUUUGGACUCCAGCCUACGCCUUUUGCAUGACCUCAAAUGGGGGUUUCCUGGGCACCCCGACCCCAGAUGAUGUUAGUGUUCUGUCUUCCAUUCGUUCUUGAAUCCUCCAUGUUGGUCUGUGGUUUCACGCACUAGCUGUUUGUAAACAAUGUGUUUGUGCCCUAAUAAUACCGCCUGUUGCUCACGGCAGUUGGUGGGGAUUCCUUUGACGCGGCGCAACGUCGAUGGGAUUGGGGACAUGAGAAUGUCCAAAUGACACUAACUUGUCAUGGUUACAGCAUUUGAAGUUGGGGUACGAAAUGAAACCUGGACGUGUGUAUAGCCUGGCAGCAUUUUUACUACCCUGGUUUCUAAUAAAAUCCGGAAACACACAGCCCUAUUGGUCAAACACUCGUGACGUGUGUGCCUCUGCUUCUCAUGGUGCUGUGCUGGACAGCUGGCACGCCAGCGGUUGAGAAGAGCGAAUGGCCUCCCCUGCGCAAACUUGCUGGCUGCCUCUGCUCCUGUGUCACUGUGUAUCUGACCGUGUCUGUCCCUAGAGCCGCCCUGCAGAUGGACACCCCAGCAGUCGUGAUGCUGGCGUCUGGGGGGGUACGGUUUUCUGCUGGAUGCUUGUGAUGAUCCGGCGCUGCUUGGGAAAUACUACAUGUGGAACAUGCACGAUUCUGGGGACAAGUGUUGUCAAUCAGUGAUUUCCCUCCUGCCAAAAAUAAACUCAUGAAACUGCA